UGAUCUGAGCAUAGAAUGAUAGAAUCACUGGCUGGCUCCAGCUCUCUGUCGCACCUUGCAUUUGACAUAAAGACUGCAAACAGAGGUGAUUAUAGAAGAAGGCACAUCUGUUCAGCACAAAUCAUACUUCACACAAGGGGUUCUGCGGUUGCCAAAAUAAUAGGCAAUAAUGUAAAAAAAUUGCAAAAGUUUGCUCCCACGGUGAAGAUGUGGGUCUUCGAGGAGAAUAUUAAUGGAAGAAAACUGACAGAUAUCAUAAAUAAUGAACAUGAAAAUGUGAAAUAUCUCCCUGGACACAAGCUGCCAGAUAAUGUGGUUGCCGUCCCAAACCUUAAUGAAGCUGUACAGGAUGCAGACUUGCUGGUUUUUGUCAUUCCUCAUCAGUUCAUCCAUAAAGUCUGCGAUGAAAUCACAGGACAAGUACCCAAGAAAGCACUUGGUAUAACUCUCAUAAAGGGAAUAGAUGAAGGCCCAGAGGGACUCAAACUGAUCUCUGACAUUAUUCGAGAGAAGAUGGGAAUAGACAUCAGUGUGCUGAUGGGAGCUAACAUUGCCAAUGAGGUGGCAGCAGAGAAAUUCUGUGAAACCACAAUAGGCAGCAAAAUCUUGGAAAACGGCCUUCUCUUCAAAGAGCUCCUGCAGACUCCAAACUUCCGAAUAACUGUAGUAGAUGAUGCAGAUACUGUUGAGCUUUGUGGUGCUUUGAAGAAUAUAGUGGCAGUAGGAGCUGGGUUCUGUGACGGCCUUGGCUGUGGUGACAAUACCAAAGCUGCCGUCAUUCGCCUUGGUCUAAUGGAGAUGAUUGCCUUUGCCAGAAUUUUCUGCAAAGGACAGGUGUCAACUGCCACUUUCCUGGAGAGCUGUGGAGUUGCUGAUCUUAUCACAACGUGUUACGGUGGCCGGAAUCGACGUAUAGCAGAAGCGUUCGUUAAAACUGGAAAGUCUAUUGAAGAACUGGAGCAAGAAAUGUUGAAUGGUCAGAAACUGCAAGGACCACAGACUUCUGCAGAAGUGUAUCGCAUCCUCAAGCAGAAAGGAAUGCUGGAAAAGUUUCCACUGUUCACUGCUGUGUAUCAAAUCUGCUAUGAAGGGAAGCCUGUCAGAGAGAUGAUAUCCUGCCUUCAAAGUCAUCCAGAGCACAUAUAAAAUCCAUCGGGCCAUCGUACUAAAGCAGCUUUCUGCCUUUUAAAUUUAUAUCUGGGUUCAAGUGGAUGUAUCAUUAAGCUUCAUUCAAAGCUGCUCACUAGGCAACAGUAAUAACAUGAAUGUCUCUGGGUAUUGUUUUUUGUUUUACAGCCUAGUUUGACACAGCAUGCAGUGUUGGCUUGGUGAUUAUCAUUUUACUGGCUAAAAUACGAGUGUUUUAAGAUGCGCAAUGCAAAAGUUGCACUACAUAUCUAGUAUAUACACAAGUGUACUUUGCGUGUGUUCCUACACCAUAAAACACCAUGUUUUGUUGUCUCUUAGUAAGGCCUAGUCUAAAAUCCAUUGGACACCAUGGGAAGAAUCCCACUGGUUUUGAUGGAGACCAAGUCAAGCCUAUAACCUUGAAAUAUUAGCAGUCUUUCUAUUAGAACUUGGUUUUAUUCUGCAUACACAUUGACAUUUUAACAUUUUGCAUGUUUAUGAUUAUAUUACUUUUAUUUAAUUAAUGCAAAACAAGUUGUAGCAGUCAUUCAAGGGGCUACAUGGAUAUUUUAAUGAACUUGGGUGAAGAAUAUUUUAAUUUUUGGAAGUCUUUAAAACGUUCAGACUAUUUUGAAACCAGUUUCUAAGUGAAUUUAAAGUUUUUAAUUACACUGUUGUAAAGGGAGCGUGCUAGAGGGGGAUCAUAACCUUCCCUUCUGUUUUUUUUUAAUCCUUGCAUUUUUGUAUUUCUCUGUUUCUCUAUUCCUGUUCCCAGAAGUUAGGCUCUUCUAGAAUCCCAUUCCCCAGAAUAAGUGGAAGAUGUUACCUCGGGAUUCUGAAUCCUAGAGCCUGGUGUUCAUUUUAGUUGUGGUGUACCUGUGGUUGUUUUUGACUGGUAUUGUUUGGAAGGAUACUCCUGGGUAUCCAUUGCUCAAAAUUCUCAUGCUCUGUUUCUAGCUUAACCAUUAGCUACAAAGCGUUGCAGUCCACACAACACUCCAAGGAAUGUUUGAGGAAUUCCCUGGUAGAUCAUACCUGUGUUGUCAAAUGAGUUAUGCUGACUGCAUUUAUUUCAGUGCCUGACAGUGGCUGACACGUCAACAGGACAGUAGUCCUGAACCAGCCUCCUCUGAGAAAUGAUGGAUUCUGAAGUUGCUCUUCCAUUGGACAAGAUGCCUGAGGAUAUUUGUCAUACCUAAGUAGCCAGGAUUACUCUGAAAUAGGUGAGCCUUGGGGCAGCUUUGUGUAACCAGAAAGAUGCUUCAGCUCAGGGGUACCAGUUCUUGUGCUCCUGUAAUGUUUUGCAUUAAUUUUUGGAAGAUCUCACAAAUGUCAUCAGAUAUUCAGGGAUGUGAAGUUAUUUUUGCCUUACUUCUGGUCUAGUGCUAAAUACAACAGGUGGCCAAAAUGUUAAGUAACAUCAGAUGUUUGUGGCAAUUGAGGAAAUAGCUGGUAGAGCUGACUUAGAGUAAGCACUCUGCUUAGACAAUUAAAAGGGUGUGUUAAGAUUGGAAGCACUGUUACGCUAACGCACACGUGGAGCAAACACUCCUCAUUACUGCAUAGCAUCCAGCGUUUCUGCUUAUGCUUUGUGGUUUUUUUCUUUCCAAAUGCCAAGCUGACUGGCUUUGCCUUCUUUUCUGUAUAUAUACAUAUAUAAAAACUUUUUUUUUUUACGUGCAGUGUGUAGAACAGUAGCAUUUUGUAAGAUACAUAAAGGGCUAUAUGACCUAAAUGUGGUAAAUUAAUAUAUAUUUUAAGAUGAUUUCUUUAUUAUUCCAAUAUUACUUCUACCACCAAAACCCCAAAAUCUUAAUUGCUCUUGUUUUGUUCAGCAGCCUAUUUAUUCUAAGGCAAAUCCAGAGAAAAGGUUUUUAUGGAAUUCUUCCCUCCAAUCUGUAAUGAUAUUCUUGUUCUUUUUGGAAAAAAAAAGUGAGGCUUCACUAACUAAAAUAAUUUAUUGAAAUUAUUAUAGACUCUUUGUCAUUUGUAUUUGCUUUUCUGUGCUUAUGAGCAUUCAGCUUGGCACUAGGUAUUUUUUCCCCAUUAAUAUUUACUGCUCUUUAAAAGAUGGGUGUGAUACUGGAGUUGAAGGAUUAGAAUCCUGUUCUGCAGACAUUCUGUUUUGCCUAGUUCUGGGAUAGUCUUACAGAAAACAUUAACCCUUUUUAAGAUUUUUGUAUACAAGGCCAUAAAUUGACUUGUGAACAUUAAUUACUAAGGCAGGCGUUAUCUGCUAUCGAUACUUACUCAGCUGGCCCUAGACGUGUAUUGAUUUUGUUUAAGGACUGUGAAUGUAUACCUGUUUGAAGAAUUAGUACAAAUAAACAUUUUUGAC